AUGGCUGCCUGGGCGCACGGCGGCAGCUACGGCGACCGCGUCCGCUUCCUCAUGCUCUGCGUGGAGACGGGCGCGAGUGGCCUCCGCACGGCCAAGGCGUUUGGCAAGGAGUUUCGGCUGCCAGCGACGGUGGUGAACGGGUACAUUGAGAGCAAGUCGGAGCUGCCGCGCUUCGGCCAGCUCGGCUGCGGCGGCUUUGUGGUCCUCGGCGCCCUGGCCUUCGCCGCGGUCGAGGCCCUCCUGGCCGGCCUCGGCGUCCAGAGGCGGGAGUGGGCGGAGCACUGUGCGCACGAAGAGGCGCUCUUUGAGCAGCACGACUUUGCAGGCCACGGGAGCAGAUCUCGGGUGAGCUCGGGCCACCGCUCGAGAGGCGAUCUCGCCGGCACCGCGUCGCACGUGAAGCACCACCGCGCGCUCCUGGCGAGCAUGGACGCCGCCGUGCAGAGCUGCGAGGAGGGCGCCGAGUGCUCGCGGGGAGGCUGCUGUGCGCCCGGACUGGUCAGCGACGAAUCGGUGCGCCGCAUCCUCGGGGAGCUGCAGCAGCACGGCGACGUGUACGAUGCCGCCUACGUAGGCAGGCUCGGCUAGCGGCGCUCGAGGCCGACCCCUCCCCUUCCUUCCGACGCAACACAUGACCACUAGUCGGACAUCUCCCACUUUGCGGAGCCCGGCCGGUGUGAAGUCCUCACGGGGCCACAAAGCCCUAUGCCAACGCGUCGUUUCUCGUGUGGGGCUGGUUCGGAAAAAGUUUCGUUCUUAAAAUA